UUACAUAAUAAUAAUUGACAAUGGGUAAAAAAAGAACAAUUACGCCGUCAUCAUCAUCAUCAAAAAAUAUUAAAGUUGAAGUAAAAGACGAAAUUAAUGACAAUGAAGUUGUGGUAGCUCGUGAUCGUCUGAAAGGAGCUUUAAGGGAAUUACUACGUAACAGCGAUGAAGGAUCUUCUGGGGAUUCUGAUAAUGAAAGAGAUUUGCCGGAAUAUAAACCAACUCCUAUUAAAAAAACACGACAAACUCCAAUGCGCAAAUUAAAAAAAAAGAAGCCACUAGCGGCAGACCAAUCAUUCCACCACACAUAUGUGAUGAAACUCUUCGACAGAAGUGUCGACCUAGCAAAAUUCCGUGAAGACACUCCUCUAUACCCAAUCUGUCGUGCUUGGCUGGCUAACCAGCCAAGAAACCCGAACUUAGUUCCAAAAGAAAGGACUCCUAGUCCGGAGAUUGUCGAAGAAGUGCACAAGGACACUAGCUUUGAAGACUCCAAUGGAGAAUUGAGAGAUGUGUUCAACUUGCCGCCACCUAAACCCGCUGAAGAAGCUUUCCCGAGGAACCGCAUUCCUUCUCCAGUUCGCCAGCCCAAGGAUAAGCUUGAUCUUAAUUAUGAUGGAAAAUCUUUGAAAUCUAAAGAAACUUUAAUGAAAAGUCAUAGACAACAUUGGAAUGCAGUUCGUCGUAAAUGGCACAAGCAAGCUCAAAAAAAUGAAAAACGGUUUCAAAAGAGCGCUAAUAUAUUAGAAAUUAUUUUUAAAAGGGCACAAACAGAGUUUGAAUAAUUAAAAA